AUGGGACAAACACCAAGCACUCCACUUUCCGACUGUCUCAACGCCGUCUGCAAUGGCCGCAACGACUGCGUCGCAUUUCCGGACCAUCCGCUUUACCAAGUAUCUUGGGUCAACCGAUAUAAUCUCGAUAUUCCGGUAGAGCCGAUCGCCGUAACGAGGCCGUAUAACGCUCAGGAUGUAUCAGAUUUUAUCAAAUGCGCCGUUGCGAAUAACGUCAAGGUCCAGCCGAAGUCCGGCGGCCAUUCCUAUGCAAAUUUCGGUGUUGGAGGACAAGAUGGCGAACUCGUCAUCGAUCUUGUAAAUCUUCAAGACUUUUCUAUGGAUACCAACACGUGGCAGGCUUCCAUCGGUGGAGGUACUAGGCUCUCUGAUGUGACCAAUAAGCUCCACGACAACGGCAAGCGAGCCAUUGCUCACGGAACGUGUCCCGGAGUUGGUAUUGGCGGUCAUGCCACCAUUGGUGGACUUGGUCCUGCGUCUCGCAUGUGGGGAUCAUGUCUCGACCACGUUAUCGAGGCAGAAGUAGUCACCGCAGAUGGCUCUAUUAAACGAGCUAACGAGAAGGAGAAUAGCGAUCUUUUCUUCGCAUUAAAAGGUGCAGGUGCAGGUUUCGGCGUCAUCACCGAGUUCGUCGUCAAGACGCACCCUGAGCCUGGUAACAUUGUGCAGUACUCAUUCUCACUAUCCCUUGACAAGCACGCCAACUUGAUAUCUGUAUUUCAACAAUGGCAGGAUCUCAUCUCGGAUCCCAACUUGGACCGACGAUUUGGUACCGAAUUUGUCAUGCAUGAGCUUGGUGCUAUCAUCACUGCCACAUUCUACGGCACCGAAGAAGAGUGGAAAGCUACUGGCAUUCCCGACAAGAUUCCUGUUGGAAAUGUAUCCGUAGUUGUCGACGACUGGCUAGCCGUCAUCGCUCAGCAGGCAGAGGACGCUGCUCUCUGGCUGUCGGAACUCCGCGUCGCAUUUUCUGCUAAGAGUUUAGCCUUCCGUGCUGAUGAGACACUAUCCUCGGAUACGAUCUCUAAACUUAUGAAUUACAUCGACGACGCGAAACGAGGCACGCUUAUUUGGUUCUUGAUCUUCGACGCUACUGGCGGUGCAAUCAGCGAUAUUCCCAUGAACGCGACAGCUUAUUCACACCGAGACAAGAUCAUGUUUGCUCAAGGAUACGGAAUUGGUAUUCCUACCUUGAACCAGAAUACAAAGGACUUCAUGAACGGCAUCAUGACCACGAUCAAGAGCGGUUCCUCGCAGGCUUUGACCACGUAUCCAGGGUACGUUGACCCGUCAUUAACAGAUGCUCAGGCAUCGUAUUGGGGCCCGAACUUGGAUGCUUUGGGGUCGAUUAAAUCGAAAUGGGAUCCGAACGAUUUAUUUCAUAACCCGCAGAGCGUGAGGCCGGCAGAAACUGAUUAG